GCUUGAACUUUUGACAGUUCGCGUCAGCUGACAUGACAAGCUCUUCAAGUGUAAAAUAAAUUAUUUGUUAUGAACUAUAAGAAACCUUCAAUGAACUUGAUUUAAGUGAAGGUUUAUUAUGAAUUUUCCGCUUAUCCCACUCAACAUCGUUAGUGCCAAAACGUUUAGUUGUACCACAUUCCUUUUGCAAUGCUAUGUUAUCGACGGUCGAAUUUCAGCAUUAUUGUUUUUGAAUGACGUGUAAUGUUUCCAACGGCGGACGCUGAAGAUAUUUCACAGGUCACGUCAUUAACAACGAAGUCAAGUGCUGCUAGCGAUGCUCAAAACUCGGCUGAAAAUACUCAAGUCGCAACACAACCGAGCAACAGGGAGUUAACCCUCAAUAUGUUGAUCAAAGAGAUGGUCUUUUGUAUAGCCCUGGCCCUUACUACGUAUGGAGCCCUCCACAACACCCCCACAAAGAUAUCUAAACACCCUCAAGCUACAAGGUUCUUCAGAUCAGAUUCGGUUGUGCAAGAUUGGUACCGAGGUCAGCUGAGCAGUGCACUUGCUAGCAUCAACCGGGCUGAUGUCUCCUUUGUUAUGUAUUAUGCUCCGUGGGAUGCUGAAUCUCAGUAUGUCAGAGGAGAAUUUGAAAAAGCUGCAAAUAUACUCAAAGAUCGAAUCAAAUUUUCUGCAAUAAACUGUUGGAACCCAGGCAGUGAAUGCAGGUUACAGAACAAUAAGAUACCCUCUUGGCCUAUUUUGAUGGUGUACACAACUAUUUCAAGAGGUGUACUUUAUAAUGGUCAAAGAGAUGCACAUAGCAUGGUUAACUUCCUAGAAAUCAUGAUGAGACCUUUAAGAAGAGUUUCAUCCUCCGAAGAUCUUGUGAAUCUGUUGUCUCGUUGUGAUGCUGUAGCUGUUGGAUACACACCGUUAACGGAUACGUCGAAGUAUUACAAUGUGUGGUAUACAGUCGCAUUGAAGGCUAGAGAAGCGGACACAGUCGGUGAGAUAUGUUUCGCGGCGGUAACAUCAGAGGAAUUAGCGGCAGAACUAGGCGUGGAGAGCGUUCCUAACGCUCGUCUUAUGCUUUGGAAUGAUACUAAGGAAUACAUAUCGCGGGAUGGCGAUAUUCAAGCAUGGAAUGAUUCUUCCCUUAUACAAUGGGUGUUGGAGAAUUUCUCGCAGCCGGUGGCGAGAAUAAUGCCGAUGUGGAGAAAAGCAUUUAAUUUUGAGAGAUAUGUCGAUGGCAAUCCCAUAUUAAUACUUUUCACACCACUCAAUCCACUGUACGAGCAGUUGCCGGCGUAUGCUUUGCUGCGAGAAGUAGCAAUGGAGUAUUAUAAUUGCAAAAAUAACGAAAGCAGUCAAUGGACUUCGGAACUAGUCAAAUUACAACAGGUCCAGCGAUUGCUGUAUCAACAAAAGAACUUUACAAAGUUCUGUCAGGAAUACAAAUUUAAGAAGCCAAUUAGAAAAUACAAUCGCUUUUACAAGAAGGAGGUAGAGUCACAGAACAAUAAAUACCCAUGGUACAAUACUACACAGAAGAAUCCAAAGAAUGGAGUUUUCAAUUUUCUCUUAAAAAGAGGUUUUGCUAUGGCUAAAGUACUGGAGAAUGCGGAAGAUAAUUCACAACUGCUCUCCGCAUUGGAUUGGCUGCAGGAGUGUAGUAUGAAGGCCCUGCCCGCUGAAAGGAGUUUCUAUGAGCGUUAUGAACAGUGUCUUACUAUAGAGGAGAACUUAAGUAAUGAACAGGAAACAAGUUAUGAGAGGGAUGAAAUAGAAACUACGAUGUUACCUUACGAAGACGAUCCACUAUCACCUGAAAACUUACUUCAAGACAGUGUGAAGCAUUUCUGUAAGGUGACCCGAUUUGCCCAGGAGUGGGGCAGCCCAGUAUACCCCAGAGGGCCUCCUGACGUCAACGAGCGUCGCAUCAACAUGACGAAUAUAGAAGGAAUGUCUUGUACCGGGAACUUCAGCUUACAUAUUUUAGCUGUUGACAGCGUACGAAACCAUCACUUUCCCGAAUCUCUUGGUAUAGAUAUUACUAAUAAGAAGGAUAUGACAGCUGCUGUUAUUUUGGAUAGCAAGCAUGAAAGUCAAUACGUAUUAUCUGGAGACUACAACGCUAAGUCAAUAAGAGAGUUUAUAUAUAACUUCACAAAUAAAAAUUUAAAGCGAUCUCUAAGGUCGCACGUUCACGAAGUACCGCACACACAUUACUUCGGAUCGGAUGGCGAGUCCGAUCAAAUGGGUAUUAAUGAGAAUUCUGUACAUAUCAUUGAUCUUACCACAAGGAGUUUCAGACGAAUGGUGAAAACGCCAGGCACGAUGACGCUAGUGGCGGUUUGUGGCGGGUCCUGUAGCGCGCUCACGGUGCGUGCGCUGUGCGGGGCGCGGCGGCUGCUGGCGGCCUGCGGGCUGCGCGUGCGGGUGGCUCGUCUGGACGCGCUGCGGCACGACCUGCCCUGGCACUACACCGUGCACCACUACCCCACGCUGCUCGUGUUCCCCGCGCACAGACGCGGCGAGGCGGACAGCCAGUCGUACCCGGGCGAGGCGCGCGUGACGUCAGCGGGUAUGGUUGCGUUAGCGCUGCGCUCGCUCGCCGCGCCCGAACAUUUGCGGGUGCGCAUCGCGCUCUGUGCAGCCGUUAAGGGCAUAACAGAACGAAGAGUAUGUCUGAAUGACAUCAAAGAGCAUGUGAUAACAGUCAUCGGCAAGAACCUCAAGUACUGGCGACAGACCGAGGACCCAGAGCUUCGAGAAGCCUUAUUCAAAAGACUGCAACACUUGCACACAGUCGCCUUGGACUUAAGUCUAUUCUACAUAACAGAUCUCUUUGCACAAAGUGUCAAACACACAUCGCUUAUGAACGCGCUCGGUGUUCUGUCAAAGCACUGGGACAUUGACGUAACGGUGUUAAGAAAAAAUGCCACAGUCGCUUCACUACGUAAAAGAAGUUGAUAUUAGUUAUAACUAUGUAAAUAUUGUACAUUGCUCAUAUAGAAAUAUGUAACUAUGUUAUUUAUUUUUGAAGACCGAAGUACUAUUAAAUGUUGAAAACAAACGUGGGUGA